AUGACUGACUUAUUUCUUUUAAGAAUGGGAAAUAUCGUUGUCGCUGGUCCGAAUGAAGUCUGCGUCGUUUCAGGUGGCUGCGUUGGAAACAAAUCAAAGUACAUCGUCGGCGGCUCGGGAUGGAAAUGGUGGGUGGUCUCCGAAUCGCAACGAAUGUCGUUGGAAGUGAUGACUCUUAACCCCAGAGUGUGCAACUGCGAGACCGCUAAGGGUGUUCCCAUGAACGUAGGCGCCGUCGCCCAGGUUCGCAUUAUGAACGAUGAGAUAAGCUUGAAGAAGGCCUGUGAACAGUUUCUUGGAAAGAACCCCCGUGAAAUUGAAGAAGUCAUCCUCAACACUUUCUCAGGUCAUCUUCGAGGUAUUUGUGGAAGCAUGGAGGUCGAGGGUCUAUUCCAGAACCGAAAGGAAUUUGCUGCCAAUGUCACGAAUCAAGCUUCGACUGAUGUCAACAAGAUGGGUAUUGAAAUUCUCAGCUUCACCAUCAAGGAGCUUAGCGACAACAACGGCUACCUAGAAGCUAUUGGAGUUGAACAAACGGCCAGGCAAAAGGCUGAUGCAGAUAUUGCCCAAGCUGAAGCAGACCGAGAUGCCUUGAUCAAUGAAGAAUUAUCGAAAAAAGAAGCCACCGACAUCAAAUUCAAGAACGAAACACAAAUCGACAACUUCAGGAAAGAAUUUGAGACUAGUUUUGCUGCUUUCCAGACCGAGGUCAACACUGCACAGACUGAAGCCAAGAUGGCGUACGAGCUCCAAGCGAUGAAGCAGCAGCAAGAAAUCAUCAAGGAAGAAAUGGGUGUCGAACUCGUCGAGCGACAACGGGAAAUCGAAGUUGAAGAACUUGAGAUCGUGCGACAGGAGAAGACCCUCACUCAUACUACUCGACUUCCUGCUGAUGCAGAAGCCUUCCGCGUGCGAUGCCAAGCCGAUGCUAAGAAAUCUGUCAUUGUCAAAGAGGCUGCCGGUAACGCCGAAAAGCUCCGACUCGUUGGAAAAGGCGAGGCUGCUGUCAUCGAAGCUAUUGGUAACGCUGAAGCUAACCAGAUGCUCAUGAAGGCCAGUGCUUACCGAGAGUACGGACAGGCCGCUACUACCAGGCUCGUGCUUGAUGCUUUGCCCAAGAUUGCCAAGGCCAUCGCCAUGCCACUCGAAAAGAUUGAAGAUGUCACCAUUGUUGGCUCUGGCGAUAGUCGAGGAUCCGCCCUCACUUCUGAAGCGACCAAGAUGCUCGCUGAACUUCCGGAAACCGUCAAGACUGUGACCGGCUACGAUAUUUCUGGAAUCAUGGGACAAAUUCCUGGAGCUGUUCUCGCCAACAAACUAGUCAACAAGACCUCCAAGAUGGGCAAUGUACACGUAGCGGGCCCAAACGAAGCCAUCGUUAUUUCCGGUGGCUGCGGCGGCAGUGGGAAUAAGCGGUACAUUAAAGGUGGAUGGGGAUGGGCCUGGAUGCUGGUAUCGGAAGCGCAGAAAAUUUCUCUGGAAGUAAUGACCCUCCUCCCGAAAGUCACCAACUGUGAGACAAAGAGAGGCGUACCGAUUACGGUAACUGGAGUCGCCCAAGUGAAAGUCAUGACUGACGAUGAUGUCUAUCUGCAGAUCGCUUGUGAACAGUUCCUUGGGAAGGCUGACUACGAAAUUCAAGAACAACUGCUUGAAACAUUCGAAGGUCAUCUUCGAGCGAUUUGCGGUACGAUGGAUGUGGAAGAGCUUUACCAAGAUCGAGAAUCUUUCGCGGCCAAUGUCCGCGCUGUAGCGGCCACAGAUGUCUCCAAAAUGGGAAUAAAAAUUCUCAGCUUCACGAUCAAAGACCUCAUGGACAACCAAGGCUAUCUCGAUGCCAUUGGCAUGGAGCAAACCGCGAAGGUCAAGGCUGCAGCAGACAUUGCCAUGGCCAAUGCAAAUCGUGACGCUUGCAUCAAGGAGCAAGAGGCAGCGAAGACAUCGGCUGAUGUAUGCCUCAAGAAUGAUACUGAAGUUGACGGUUAUCGCCGAAAUUAUGAAACACAAUUGGCCGAUUUCGCAUGCGAAGUGAACAAGGCGCAGACCGAAUCAAAUCUGGCCUACAGUCUCCAAGCGAUGAAGGAGAAGCAGCGAAUUAUCCAGGAAGACAUGGGUGUUGAUCUUAUCGAGCGACAAAGAGAAAUCGAAGUCGAAGAACUUGAAAUCGAGCGUCAAGAAAAAGAGCUCAUUCAUAAGACUCGACUUCCUGCCGACGCUCAAGCCUUCAAAGUCCAAACUCUUGCAGAAGCGGCGAAAAGCCAGAAAGUCAAGAAAGCAGAAGGCCAGGCCGAAAAGCUCAGAAGAAUCGGUAAAGCUGAAGCGCAAGUUAUCGAAGCGAUCGGUACUGCUGAAGCUAGUAAAAUGUCAAUGAAAGCUGUUGCUUACGAAGAAUACGGCCAUGCUGCGACCACGAAGCUUGUUCUCGAUGCCUUGCCAAAGAUUGCCAAGUCGAUUUCGAUGCCGUUGGAAAAGGUUGACGAUUUGACAAUUAUUGGAAGCAGCAACACAACUGGAUCAAUGAUGACUGCGGAAACAACGAAACUCCUUGCUGAACUACCGAAAACAGUCCAAUCUGUGACUGGAUAUGACAUUACUGGACUCAUUGGAAAAAUCCCCGGCGCAGUACCCGUCGGAAAGUAA